UAAAUUGGGCAUUUUAAUAACUAUUCACAUAACCUUGUUGAAUACCAGACAAGCGCUUGCAUGCAAAGAAGCAAGUGAAUGUGUAGUGUGUACAUGAAAAAGUGAGAGAGUAGUAGAAUAUGGCGGCGUGGUCGUUUUGUUGAGUGCGUUUCGGAAACCGUUGUUUUCCUUAUCAAAAUUAUUUUAUUGUUCGUCUUUUAGCAGUUACGUGAUUCUGUGUGUUUUAAACUUUAAAAGGUUUUUCAUUUUCCGUAAACAUGACUGCCGAACAGUUUUGUUUGAAAUGGAAUAACCAUCAAAGCACUUUGAUUUCGGUUUUUGAUGGACUUUUUGAAAGUGGAACUCUUGUUGAUUGCACUUUAGCUGCUGAUGGACAGUAUAUAAAAGCUCAUAAAGUUGUUUUGUGUGCCUGCAGCCCGUAUUUGGAGGCCCUUUUGAGUGAACACUACAACCAGCACCCCAUAGUGAUUUUGAAAGAUGUGAAGUUCGAGGAGCUGCAAUCGAUUUUGGAGUAUAUGUACCGCGGCCAAGUGAAUGUCACCCAAGAACAGCUGGGACAUUUCUUGAAAGCGGCCGAGAUGCUGCAGGUGAAAGGCCUAAGCGAGAACAGAUCGGGCGCAGCAAGCGCGCAAAUUGUGUCGACAAAGUUUAGUGCCGUAAUCAACAACGAAAAAAACUCCGCGAGUGUAGGUAACACCGCGAGUGUAGCCAAGCCGCCUAAUUCCGCUGAGGCGGCCAGGAAGAAGGAGAAAGUGGUUGUCGCUUUCUCCCGUUCAACCCCCAGUGCUAGUCCGGUUGAAUCGUUGUUACCCUCUAAGCUCGUCAUUGAUAUACCCCCGAUUAGUCCCGUGGACAGCAAGGACGCAAGUGUGUCCCCCAAGCGCAAGAAAGUUCCCCAUAGUGGUGAUAUUGUGAAAAGUGAUGUGAAAAUUGGGUCGGUGGAAAGUGCCAGUGAAUGUGCGAUGAAUGAAGUGGAUGACGCUAGGUUGGCGACGGCGACGACUGCUAGUGGUUUCAUGUUUGGCGUGGAUCCGAUGAUCACCGAGUUCACCGCGCACAACAUCAAGGUGGAGGAGUACAGUGAUGACAGCUACGACUCGGACAUGCUUGUCGUCGAUGAGGAGAAUGCGGCUGCAAGAGGAGGAGGUGGAGUCAAAGAGGAGGAGCAACCGGGACCCUCUGGAGGAGCUGUUGCCGAUGGGUGGAAAGCCCCAGAGGGCGAGGAUCCAGAGGCAGCUAAAGGAGGUGGCGGACGGAAGAUUAAGGAAUUCCUCGAGUACUUGGCACUAGAGCCUAAAAAUGCCCGAAAAUUGGGCUCCCCAGGCGCUAAUCCAGCAUCACACAAACGCAAACUGCGUAAACGGAAGCAGCUAAUAGCCACGGGCACCACCAAACCAACCGCCGUUCACAAAAUCCAGCACCAGAUCAAAUUCAAAACUGCAGCUACCAGCAACAAAAACAAAAUUGCCACAGUGAUCAGGAAGAAAAUCAUCAACUACAAACUGCAAGCUGCUAAGAAGAAAGUGACAAGAGUGAAAAAAGAACCGAAAAGUGCUGAAACAAAUGGCGUAACAAAUGAUACCAAAGAGAAUAUUGGGGUUAAAGUGGUAGCGGUUGCUGCUUUGAAGCCCAAAGCUGAGAAAGCCAAACUGAAAGCUGCUCUGAAAAAAUCGUCCACGCCUAUCGAUAAAAAAGGUGCUAAGAAGAAGAUGACUGGUGGUAUGAGUAAUAGCAUGAACACUAGUGACGGAAAAAUGUUCAGCUGCGAUAAUUGUGAUAAAGCCUACUCAAGGAAGUCAUCAUUGUACCGACACAGCACUUACGAGUGUGGAAAGGAACAUAGUUUCAAUUGUCCCUACUGCACUUACGGUGCCUACCAGAAGGUUCAUCUCAAUCGCCACAUUACGUUCGUUCACCGUCAACCACCUGUUUGACAUCUAGUCUGCCGAUCAAUAUUGCUCCAAUGAGUUCAUACAUUUUGUCUGAAAUUCAUCCUCCUUUGGACUCUAAAACGCGAGUGGCUGGUUGCUGGGUAGAAGUUUGAAACAUAAAACUGUUCAACUGAAAAUUUAUUGAUAUUUUUCAUGUGUUAGAAAUAGUUCAAUUUCAACUUUGUUUAGAAUUUUAUUACAUAACUACAACGAGGAGAUAAUCUUUUAAUUAUCCAUCGACAACAUUUAUUACAAAAAUUAAUUAAUUCGAUAGUGAUACUUUUCAUUUACAAGUUUGGAAUCAUACAAUCUAAACUUUUUUAGAAGCUCAUUACAUAACUUCAGCGACGAAAUUAAUCUUUUAUUUUUUCUAUUGACAGCAUUUAUGACAAAAAUAUAAUGUACUCGAACAAUCUAUAGUGAUGCUUUUCAUUCACAAGUUUGAAAUCAUUCAAUUCCAACUUGUUAAGAACUUUAUCGCAAUGAGGAAAUUGAUAUUAUUUGUUUAUUAUUUACAUACACUUAUUGUCAACAUGCAUCAUAAAAAUAAUCAUAAUACAAUUGAGAUCGUUCCAGUAUAGUAUAACUAUCAAGAACCUCUCUCUAAAAUUAGUAUAGGGAAAAAUGUCCACUUAUAAAAUUUUCAGUGAUCAUCAAUUACUAUCAAAUUAUUCUUCACAGUAUUUUGUAACUUUCAAUUCAAUCCAUGAUAAUUUUAUCGUAAAUUUUUUGUCGGUAAGCUUGAAACUGUUAAGGCUUUCUUUGUUUUUGUUAGUUUUUGGUGUUUACUAUAAUUAAAAAAUCUUAUAAAAGAUGCAAGAUGUUUAUAUUUGAAGUAGGGUCUCGAGGUAUUAUAGAGAAAUUAACAUUUCUUUUAACUUGAAACGCUUGAAAGCCAUGCUUCAAUUCUCUUACGUUUUUAACUGAAUAAAUUUUAUUGAAUAAAAAAAUAGACAAUGGAAAUAAAGACCAUUGUCAUUGAAUAUUAUUGAUUUACUAGAUGUAACUUAAAAACUUCAAUGUAGGCUACCUAUUUUUAGUUGAAACAUUCAACUUGUAGUAUCCAUAGUUGGAUUACUCCAUUUUAACUCUACUUAUUUCUGAGGCGCAUAAAAGGCGAUGUUAUAAUCUAGAACAAACGUUUUUCUCAUUUUUUGUAGGCCACAGUAUUGAUAUUUGCAGCAUACCGACUCUUUAUCCCACAUUGAUGGCACUUAAGUGUAUGUUAGUCUUCAAUACACUCUAGUGCUAAUAAUUAUUAUUUCUAGUAUACAUGAUAUUCAACAGUUUUAAAAUGUUGUAAACUCCUCGCUUUCAAACUGAAUGAUGAUUGAAAGACAAUGUUGUGUCAAGUUAUAGGUCUAGAUGAAAUUAUUUAGUUAUUGAGGGUUUACUAAAUCAAAUAAUUUUAAUUCAGAAACAUUUAUAUUCCUCUGGUAGUGAACCAGAUUUGGUUGUUAUUCAUAGAUUUGAAAAUAAUAGAUUUUAAUGAAAAGAUUCUGACCCACUAGAUAGGAGAAUUUAUAAGAAAGAUCAUUAAUUUGAUAUUGAUCAACACAAAUAGAAAUUGCCAACCACUUUUUAUUAUCAUAUACCUAUAACAAAAGCUGGUUUCGUGGAUCAAGCCACAAAGAAAAACAUGUUCUUGUGGCUGAUGAAGCCACGAAACCAGGUUCUGUUAUAAAUACACAAUAAGACGUGGUUUACAAUUACUAUUUAUGUUUUUAAUUAUGGAAAAAUACCUCGACGUCGUACAUAACACAACUGUAAUAUUCCUUUUUUAAUGCUUCUUUUUUCUACAAAUUUGAUUGACUAAAUCAAUCAUUAUUAUUGAUCUAUAAAAAUUAUUUACUGUAUUUCAAAAAAUAUUGUGCCUUAGCUUUUUCUAUAUUUUAUAUCAUUGAUAUUGUGGAAAACUUCCAAUGAAAUAUUUCAUUAUCAUCAAUCACAAACAUUGAAUUAUUAUCAUUGAUAGAUUCAAUAAUAGACUAUUUUGGUAAAAAAAAAUGUUCGUACGUUUCUGUACUCAGUGGGUAUGAUGAUAUUUUAAAGACAUUUUUGUUGUUUUUGUAAAUACAGAAUCAGCUACUAAUUAUUAGCGACAUUGAUAUCACUUUUCUGGAUAUUAUUGAUGUAUGAUAUGAAUUUAUUUUUGAUAUGAAAUAUACAUAUUUUGUUAUGCUGUCUUUGUCCAUGAUAUUAUCCAAUAAAUAAUUUAAAAUAUAAUUAUUCAAGAUAAAUGUAUUUAAGUACUAUAUUUUUGGGACUUGUGAUUUGCGUAGAUAACAAUAAUUAAUAAUGAUAAUAAUUAGUGAUUUGGAGAAUUAUGGUAUUAUUCAACUAUUAGAACAAUCGAUUGAUCAAUUAAUUAAUCUAGGUACUACUAUUUCAAUGUAUAUUGAUUUUAUCUUCAUUUUAGUAAACAAUUCAGUUCUGGGAAAUGUUUUGGCAUUUAAAAUGACAGUUUUUGGUAUUCUUAUUAUUUUCUUGUCAAAUGUCAAGUAGCAGUGGAAUGAAUUCAUGUCAUUAUUUGAAAGUGCACAGUAUUUUUGCUAGUCAACCCUGAUUCUCGUGUACUGUAAACAAGUAAUGAUCUCAUUAUUAAUACAUUCCAUGUAACUUAGUUAAAAUAAUUUACUGAGGCCCGGUUGCACAAAAGCCGGUUAAAUUUUAACUGUGAUUAACUUUACGAGAACCAUUCAGAGACGGCGUUUUUGAAAAGACGACUUCUCUGAUAGGCUCUCGUGGAAUUAAUCAUGGUUAAAAUUAACCGGCUUUUGUGCAACCGGCACUUAGUGACAUAACUUUCCUCCACUAACAAAUAAUGCAAAUUCAUUAUUUUCUCCGGAUGAUAGAUUGAUGAUUCAUCCUGAUCGAGAAGAAAUGAUCUAUUACCUACCUAUUCUUAUUAUAUUAUUUUAUCGUUGCCUAUUGGCUGUUUUAGCUAUUUCAACCAAUGUGCAGAAAUUAUUAAUGGUACGGUAAUUUUCAUACACAUAUUGUAUACAAGUGAGCGUUCUUCCAUCUUAGAAUUAAACAUGAUAAACUCUAGCUUAAAUAGUAUUUUAGAAUGAUAAAUUAUUGUGAUACUUAUAUUCUUGUAAAAAGAUGUAUUUUGAGAAAUUAUACACUCAGCUGUGGUGAUGAUAAUCUAUAAUCUCUAGAAUUAAGUACCUGCUAAAUUACGGAGACAUUUAUCACUAUGUAGCGCUGUUAAAAAAAUAAACCUAGAUUAGAAGUUUU